GGAGGCCCAGGAAGUGACGGCCCGCGGACUUCUGGAGUCGGUGAGCGCCGCACUGCCACCGCCGUGGUCGCUGUGUUCCCGGGCCCUGGGAGAUGGAGAACGGAGCCGUGUACAGCCCCACCACGGAGGAGGAUCCGGGCCCUGCCAGGGGCGCCAGGAGCCGCCUCGCCGCCUACUUCAACCUGGGCCGGCUCAAAUUGCCUCAGCGCGUGCUAAAAGUCUUGCAGCUGUUGCUGUCUCUGCUGGCCUUUAUCUGUGAAGAGGUGGUCUCCCAGUGCACCUUGUGUGGGGCGCUGUACUUUUUUGAACUCGUCAGCAGCAGUGCCUUCCUUCUGAGUCUCCUUAUCCUGAUAGUGUACUGCACUCCGGUCUAUGACAAAAUGGAUGCUGGGAAAAUUAAGUCAUCGGAUUUUUACAUCACUGGGGUGACAGGAUUAGUGUUUCUGUUGGCGUCCAUCCUUUUUGCUACCAUGCACGACCACACCUCAGCUGAAAUUGCUGCCAUUGUGUUUGGAUUUCUCGCAAGUUUUAUGUUCCUGGCUGACGGUGGCUUUAUGUUCCAUGAAAAACGACAGACGUCCCAGCUGAGGAAACCUGAGACCGCCACCAGGGCAGAGGCGCUCACCGAACCACUGAAUGCUUAAAGACUGCAGGGAGCCGGUGUUUCGCAAGGUGCCGACUGCGUGGCCCCGGAGCCCGGGCAGAGGCACUUGUACAGUCUGUGUAAUGGCUAAACCACUUCUUUCGAAGAGCAAGGGGAAGGGCCCGAAGGCAGUUGUAUCAAUUCGGAUAGUGUGCCCGUCACCACAGAUUAGGCCAACAGGGUUUGGGUUUUUUUUUUUUUUUUUUUUUUGUAGCAUUUGAAAUUUGUAUCAACGAAGUUUAUUUUUUAUUUUUUGGAGGUGAGGGCAGUUGUUUCAUUAAGGCACAGCUCAACUAUUGAUAAAUUAUUCUGUCGUUGUUAUUAGGGCUUAGCUUUCAAAUUUUUCCUCACAGCUAUAUAAGCAACAUGACUCACUUCAUCUGUUCAGAAUUGUUUUCCCUUUUAAGUUAAUUUGCUUAACUAUGAGUUUGUUUUCUGAGGAUUCCAUACAUUUAAUGUGUAUUUAAAUGUUUGAAUUCGAUAUUUAAAAUGUUGGUUUAGGGUUUUUUCUUAAAAUAUAAUACCCAGGCUCUACUGCAUCUCCCUCAGCCUUAAGAUUACAUUGUAACAAUUUAAGAUAAUUGUUAUUAACUCUUUUAUAGCCGAAUAGAAAAUGUGUGGGAGGUGCUAGCAUUUUAUAUGCAUGAAAUCAACAUCCGCAACCCGGCAUUUGUUCUGCACUUUGGUGGUUGUUGAUAAUAAGCAAAUUUUUUGUGUGUAACACAUGGAAAAAUCUAAGAAACUACUAUCUCACCUAAGGACCAAAGAUAAUAAAGAGAUACUUUUUGUGCAAUACAGUGAACUUAUAAAAGCAGGCAUGGGCCACUGACCAAAUAUCCCGAGAGGCGAGUUCCCACUGUGAGUGAGAAAACGGUUCGCUCUCCUGUUGGCGCGUGAUUACUUCUACUGAAACUGAUAGAGCUCUGCAGGUCCUGUUCAGCGUUUUCAUUGGAGCCAGUCUUUUAAAAACCCCAGCCUUUGGACUUUUCAUCUCUCUGAGAUGCUUGCUUUUCCGUCUCCUUCCCAGAAUGGUCCACACGCUGCUGCCUCGUCAGGCAGAGGUGCACUCCUGGCCCCGGCUCUUUCUUGUUGGCGGUGGUUUUAGGUGGUCCAGGAUCUCGGGCCCUUCUCAUUGCCCACAGUGCUAGCGGGAUCUUCGGGGUUUUUGUGCCCGCAGAGCAGUGCCUUUGGAGGAGACCGUCCUAAGGGAGUGAGUAUCUAGAGUCCUGCCCAGGUUAGUGCUGUUGACGGGGUCAGGAGUAGUCAGACCGUUCUCAAGGGACACUUCACAGCCAGUUCUGAUAAUCUGGAAGAACUGUCUGCUGUCGGCAGGCGGUGGUUACAGAACACACCCUUCUUGCCCUCCUAGAUUUCUGACUCAAAACUUGGAUGCCCAGGUGAUGAGCGCACGCGUCAGGUCCUUCAGGAGUUUGGGGGAGGUGUUCCGGGCUAGGCGUGCUAGGUGGACUGUCUGAGAAAGUGGAAUCAUGUGUCUAGGGACCCCAUCAUUUUUUAACCUCUCACCUGCCUUUUGUGUCUGGUAGAUCGGUUUCAGCUGCAUCCAGGUGGCUAAUGUGACUCUCAAAACUUGGUCAUUAUGGCCAGACACAGCUGCUCUGUCUCCAUGACUCAGGGCCUUAUCCAUUUGUAUCACGGUCUGGAUGCUAGUGUUAGUGGCGAUGCCAUCAUUACCAGCUUGGGAGAUAAUGAAACCAGUCGUGGGUGCUUCUGUUACUGAACGCGCCGUCUAAGAGAGAAGUAGCUUGGGCCUUGGGUUCAAGAAGAGGCUGGUUCAGAAGACUUGCCAGCUGAUGGUAGGCAAGUUCUGGAACUUCACAUCAAACUACUGUACUGUUGCCAUAUUAAAUAUCAUCUAGACCCAGCUGGGAUUCACAGCAAACCACCUGGACUACCUCAGGGUCCCCACCCACGCGUUGGGUUUAGUUGGGUGUGCCGGCCGCGUCCUCAGCGGGCCUCACGGGCAGCCGGCACUGAGCUCGGUUCUGGGUGUUCUGAGGUUUCCUUCCGUUGUUCCCUUGGUGUAGGGCCAUGGAGCCUUGCCUUUUCGGAAAGAUAAUGCAUUCAUUGGUAUUUUGGUCACUCUAGAACUUUUUUUCACGUUGCUUUUUUAUGGGACCCGUGACCAACUGGCCCCCCUUUUCUCUUGCAGAAGAGAUUCCGAGUGGAAAGACCACUGCGGUAAAUACACAGUUCCAGGAGAACUUGGGACCGAAACCACUGUUAAGGACAGGACAGGACAGACUUAGUAAACUCAAAGUUACAUUAGUUUUUAUUAUCACAUAUUAUAAAUUUAAUUUGCUAUGUUUUAUACAAAUAAACUGGAAUGGUUUUAAAAAAUUAUAAGGGAAAUGCACUUACAAUAUAAAAAUUUUAUAAUUGCUGUACUUAAAUUAUGUUCUGUUUGGGGACUGGGAAAUGUAUUUUUACAUUGUUUAUAGCCAAUCAUUUUUGUAUUUAUCAAAUGAAAUCCCAUGUGUCCUUUUUAUCUUUCUCCAUGUCAAAUUUUGUAGUCUUCUUUUUAAAUAAAUCCAUCCCGUUGUCCAU